AUGUCCGAUACUAACACGUCUAUUCCCAACACAAACUCCACAAGAGAGAGUGGUAAUGCUUCCCAAACACCAUCGAUCAGCUCUUCCUCAAAUACCUCCACCACUACAAACACAGACCCAUCGUCAGCUUCUCUUUCUUCUUCCCCCUCGACAGGUGAGUUGACCAGUAUUCGUCCAAUUGGAAUAGUUGUUGCUGCUUAUGAUUUUAAUUAUCCCAUAAAAAAAGACAGUUCUUCGCAACUUUUGUCUGUGCAACAAGGGGAAACCAUUUAUAUACUUAAUAAAAACUCAUCUGGGUGGUGGGACGGAUUAGUUAUUGACGACAGUAAUGGGAAAGUUAAUAGAGGCUGGUUUCCUCAAAACUUUGGUCGACCCUUAAGGGACAGUCAUCUCAGAAAGCACAGUCAUCCGAUGAAAAAAUAUAGUUCCAGUAAAAGCUCGAGGCGCAGUAGCUUAAAUAGCUUAGGCAAUAGUGCAUAUUUACAUGUGCCCAGAAAUUCGAGCAAGAGCAGAAGAGGAAGUUCUACUUUAUCAGCGUCUUUAGCAAACGCUCACAAUGUAGAAACAGGUUCCGGUCACAAUAAUGUCGUAUCGAUGAAUAAUUCUACCUUUUCAGCCCCAAACGAUGCUUCUCAUGUAACCCCUGGAUCUUCGAACUUUAAUUCUAACACCAGUCUCUCCGAGGAAAUGACAAAGAGUGCAGAUGGACCAACUGAAACGGGUACAAACACAGCUAUGAAUAUCGGUGACACCAAUAUGCAAACUUCGGGUGAGAAAGCAGAUCCCCCACCAAUACCUGAAGAAACUAUUAAAAUAUUACCUUUGGAAGAGAUAGAGAUGAUUAUUAACGGCAUACAUUCGAAUAUUGCUUCAACUUGGUCCCCCAUACCACUGAUAACGAAAACGUCAGAUUACAAAUUGGUAUAUUAUAAUAAAGAACUUGAUAUAUAUUGUUCAGAAUUGCCCUUGAUCUCUAAUUCAAUUAUGGAAUCCAAUGACAUUUGUGAUAGCGAACCAAACUUCCCGCCUAAUGAUCAUCUUAUCAACCUAUACACUAGAGAUCUACGCAAAAAUGCAAGCAUCGAGGACAAUUCUACAAGAUCGAAACAAUUGGAAAGUGAACAAAAUAGAUCGAGCCCUCUAAUAGAAAAACAGGAUUGGAAGGGAAAUGAUGGCAAUAAUAACAAUAAUAAUGAUGAUGAUGAUAAUGACGAAAACAACAAAAACGAAUUCAAUGAGGCUGGUCCUUCAUCAUUAAAUUCUUUAUCUGCUCCAGAUUUAACGCAAAAUAUUCAGUCAAGGGUUUCCCCAAAUCGCUCUUCUAUACUGGCCAAGAGUGAUAUCUUUUAUCACUAUUCAAGAGACAUAAAAUUGUGGUCAGAAUUACAGGACUUAACAGUUUACUAUGCUAAAACGGCUCACAAGAUGUUCCUCAAAAAGAAUCGUCUAAAUUUUACGAAAUACUUUGAUUUGAUAUCAGAUUCGAUAGUCUUCACACAGUUAGGCUGUAGGCUAAUGCAACAUGAAAUAAAAGCCAAAAGUUGCAGUAAAGAAAUCAAGAAGAUUUUCAAAGGCCUUAUUUCCUCAUUGUCAAGGAUAAGUAUCAAUUCUCAUUUGUAUUUCGAUUCAGCCUUUCACAGGAAAAAAAUGGAUACAAUUAAUGAUAAAGAAAACGAUAAUCAGGAUAAUAAUGGUUCUAGAAUAGACGGAGAUGACGGCAAAAUCGAAGUAGAUAAUGUGCAUGAUCUAGUUUCUGUUCCAUUAUCCGGUAAACGUAAUGUAAGUACCAGUACAACGGAUACUUUAACUCCAAUGAGAUCAUCAUUCAGUACAGUCAAUGAGAAUGAUAUGGAGAACUUUUCACUUUCAGGUCCAAGAAAUAGUAUUAAUUCUGUAGCAACACCAAGGACGUCAUUGCAAAAUUCUACUUUGGAAGAUUUUUCUCCAUCUAACAAAAAUUACAAGUCGGUGAAGUCAACUUACGAAAUGGUUGACGUGGAAUUCUCUAAAUUCUUAAGGCAUGUCCAAUUACUUUAUUUUGUGCUGCAGAGUUCGGUUUUUUCAGACGAUAAUACUUUACCGCAGUUACUCCCAAGAUUUUUUAAAGGUUCGUUUAGCGGUGGUUCUUGGACAAAUCCAUUUUCGACUUUUAUUACGGACGAAUAUGGUAACGCGUCAAAAAAUAAAGCUGUGCCAUCCAAUGAAGUGACCGCUUCAUCUUCCAAAAAUUCCUCGAUAUCAAGAAUUCCACCAAAGAUGGCGGAUGCCAUUGCUUCCGCCUCAGGCUACAGCGCAAAUUCAGAAACAAAUUCUCAAGCCGAUUUAAAAGCAAGCAGUGCUGCAUCUGGUUCAAUUUUUACACCUUUCAACCGUCCUUCUCAUAACAGAACCUUUUCAAGAGCAAGAGUUUCGAAGAGAAAGAAAAAAUAUCCAUUAACUGUCGAUACAUUGAAUACAAUGAAGAAAAAAUCCAGCCAAAUAUUUGAGAAGUUAAAUAAUGCUACGGGUGAGCACUUGAAAAUUAUAAGUAAACCAAAAAGCAGAAUUAGGAAUUUGGAAAUAAAUUCAAGCACAUACGAACAGAUAAAUCAGAACGUUUUAUUAUUGGAGAUAUUAGAGAAUCUAGAUUUAUCGAUUUUCAUCAAUUUGAAAAAUCUGAUUAAGACUCCAAGUAUCCUAUUGGAUUUGGAAAGCGAAGAAUUUUUAGUCCAUGCUAUGUCAUCAGUCUCCUCAGUACUAACAGAGUUUUUUGAUAUAAAGCAGGCAUUCCAUGACAUUGUCAUCAGAUUAAUAAUGACAACACAGCAAACGACCUUGGAAGACCCGUACUUGUUUUCCUCCAUGAGGUCCAAUUUACCUGUCGGACACCAUGAACCUUUUAAGAAUAUCGCAAAUACACCUUUGGUCAAGGGCCCCUUCCAUAAAAAAAAUGAUCAAUUGGCGCUCUCUUUAUUCCAUGUAUUGGUGAGUCAAGAUGUGGAGUUUAAUAACCUUGAAUUUUUAAACAACUCUGACGAUUUUAAGGAUGCUUGUGAAAAGUAUGUUGAGAUUUCUAAUCUUGCAUGCAUUAUUGUUGAUCAGUUGAUUGAAGAAAGGGAAAAUUUGCUGAACUACGCAGCAAGAAUGAUGAAGAACAACCUGACUGCAGAACUACUGAAAGGCGAGCAAGAAAAAUGGUUUGAUAUUUAUUCCGAGGAUUAUAGUGAUGAAGAUUCAGAAAAUGAUGAAGCUGUCAUCGAUGACGAAUUAGGAUCUGAGGAAUAUAUCGAACGCAAAGCUGCGAACAUAGAGAAAAACCUUCCAUGGUUCUUAACUUCAGAUUAUGAAAGCAGUCUUGUGUAUGAUUCAAGAGGAAAAAUUCGUGGUGGGACAAAAGAGGCAUUAAUUGAGCAUUUAACCAGUCAUGAACUUGUAGAUGCAGCUUUCAACGUCACAAUGCUAAUAACUUUUAGAAGUAUAUUAACGGCAAGAGAGUUUUUUUAUGCCCUGAUUUACAGAUAUAAUUUAUAUCCUCCGGAAGGGUUGAGUUACGACGAUUAUAACAUUUGGAUAGAAAAAAAAUCAAACCCGAUUAAAUGCCGUGUGGUCAACAUUAUGAGAACAUUCUUGACGCAGUAUUGGACAAGAAAUUAUUAUGAGCCUGGUAUACCAUUGAUUUUAAAUUUUGCCAAGAUGGUUGUAUCUGAGAAAAUACCGGGGGCAGAGGAUCUUUUGCAAAAGAUAAAUGAAAAAUUGAUAAAUGAAAAUGAGAAAGAAACAAUGGACCCUAAGCAGCAAGAUUCGGUAUCAGUAGUUGUGCCAACAACUAAACGUGAGAAUAAAUCACCGAUACACAUGUCUUCGUCUUCUUUACCGUCUUCCGCCUCGUCAGCAUUCUUCAGAUUGAAAAAAUUAAAGCUAUUGGACAUUGACCCAUACACAUAUGCCACACAAUUGACUGUACUUGAACAUGACUUAUACCUUAGGAUCACUAUGUUCGAAUGCUUGGAUAGAGCAUGGGGUACCAAGUAUUGUAAUAUGGGCGGUUCUCCGAACAUUACGAAAUUUAUAGCAAAUGCUAAUACGCUGACUAACUUUGUUUCUCAUACGAUUGUGAAACAGACAGACGUCAAGACACGUUCGAAAUUAACGCAAUAUUUUGUUACUGUUGCCCAGCAUUGUAAAGAAUUGAAUAAUUUUUCUUCAAUGACUGCCAUCGUGUCUGCUUUGUAUUCCUCCCCAAUCUACCGGCUGAAAAAGACAUGGGACCUAGUCUCCACUGAAUCAAAAGACCUUCUGAAGAACCUAAACAACCUCAUGGAUUCCAAGAGAAAUUUUGUGAAGUAUAGGGAGCUAUUGAGAUCGGUGACGGACGUCGCGUGUGUUCCCUUUUUUGGCGUAUAUCUAUCCGAUUUAACAUUUACGUAUGUUGGAAACCCUGAUUUUCUUCACAAUUCAACGAACAUAAUAAACUUCAGCAAGAGGACUAAAAUUGCAAAUAUUGUAGAAGAGAUCAUUAGCUUCAAGAGAUUCCAUUACAAACUGAAACGAUUGGAUGAUAUUCAGACCGUUAUAGAAGCAUCCUUGGAAAAUGUCCCCCACAUCGAGAAGCAGUAUCAACUAUCACUGCAAGUGGAACCUAGAUCAGCAAACACUAAAGGUAGCGCGCAUUCUUCUUCCGCCAGUGGUACGAAAACUGCAAAGUUCCUAAGUGAAUUUACAGAUGAUAAAAAUGGUAACUUCUUGAAACUAGGUAAGAAGAAGCCUCCUUCCAGAUUAUUUCGAUAA